AUUGACAAUAACAUUAAAAUAAAAGUCAAAACCAGAUGAUCCAUUACAAUAUUUAUUCAUAAAAUUUGUUCAUUAUUUUUAAACUUUUGAUUAAACAACAAAUUAAAUAAAAUGGGUAAAAACGUACCCAUUCGUGAUAUUUCACCGGUCCUGCAAAUAUUUAGAGAUUUCCUAUUGGGAAGAAAACAUACUCUGGCGAUACGUUUUGAACAAUUUGUCGCGGCGCGGACACAACCACCACCACAAAUUCCCGAUGGCCCUACACAUAAACAUGCUCAUAAUUACUACUACACAAGGGAUGCUCGCAGAGAAGUAGCGCCACCAAUUGAUGUUACUAAACAGUUCCUGGAGGCUAGCUCUGACAAAGGUGCACCCAAAGCUGCCGCAAAUAUAAGACCAACACCUGGCAAUGUCUACCCUUGGGAUAAACAUUAUUGAUGAAAAAAUGAUGCAAUCAAAUAAAUGUAAUUCCCUUUUGCAAAACACUGUUUAGAUUUAAGUUCUAGUAAGUUGAAAAUUAUGAUUACAUUGCAAUUAUAUGCUUAUAUUUGCUUGUUUAAUCAUAAAUAAUGUUUUUAUUUGCCUAGUAAAGAGUAAUAUAAAUAAAAGAAAACAA